GGUCGCGGAAGAAAAUGUGAAUUUUAUCAAAAUUAUUAUUGAAACCUAUCGAACCAAAAAUUUUCUAACUGCAUGUUUUAAUAAGUACAUUGCCGCAAAAGUAUUGAAGCACCAAAAAGUGCAUUAUCUAGUACAAAAACACAAGAAAAAUGUCCAAACUCUUUGCUCGUGUUGUUUCGCAACAGACCAAAACCUUUCUUCAUCCCAAAAGCAUUACACGAAGCUGGUUAAAUGGACCUACCCUCCGCGGGGCAGCUACCAGCCGUGCUAAUGAUCCGAUGAAGGGCAAAGGUCCAAUCACUUGGAAAAGUUUUGCAUUGAUAGCUACUGCGGGCUUGGGCAGUCUUGGUUUCAUGUGGUACGUGAAAGAUGAGAAAGAGCAAGCUUUGUUAAAAGAAAGAAAGCGCCAACUAGGUAAAGCUGCCAUCGGAGGUUCCUGGGAAUUGGUUGAUUCCGAUGGAAAGAUUCGCAAAUCGGCAGAUUUUGCUGGUCAGUGGCUUUUGAUCUAUUUUGGAUUUACACACUGUCCCGACAUCUGUCCGGACGAACUGGAGAAGAUGGCAGCGGUGGUUGAUGGAUUGGAAAAGAUGGAGGAGGCCGAACUGAUUCAACCUCUCUUUAUCACGGUUGACCCACAACGAGAUACAAAAGAAGCAGUCGGAAAGUAUGUGAAGGAGUUCCACCCGAAACUGUUGGGCCUGACGGGAACCGUGGAACAGGUAGCUAAGGUAUGCAAAGCUUUCCGGGUGUAUUUUAGCGCCGGUCCAAAGGACCAAGACGAAGAUUACAUAGUGGACCACACAAUCAUUAUGUAUCUUGUGGAUCCCAAUGGACAGUUUGUAGAUUACUAUGGACAGAAUCGUGAUAAGGAACAGAUUAAGAAUUCUAUUGUCAUCAACAUGGCAAAGUUUAAACAGAUGCACAAAAAGUCUUGGUUCUAAAAAUUGACGAACUGCUUCACAAAUACUAUUUGCACUUGUAUAUUACUUAUUGAUCCUCGUGGAUUUAGAAAUAAACGCCAUGUUUAGACAGACAAGGUACACAACAUGUU